ACUAAAGGGCGGGGAGGAUGGGUCACACCGGCGAUUUUGAGAUUCCGGCGAGGUAGAGAUAUUUCGCGAGGCGCCGCAUAAGAUGGGCACCUACAAUGUAGACACGUGGCAAUUGGUCCCCACAAAACAGGAAGAUCCAAUGGGAAGGGCUAACCGGGAUGCUGACUCGGCCAAAAGAUUUCUUCUUGAAAUCAGGGAUUCAGGUCACGUGACACCGGACACUCGGGGUAUUUCCGUCACUUUCUUGAAGCCAGAGAUUGAAUUGCAGGAGGCCGUUAUACAGACUGUAGAGCAGUUGCGAUGUUUUUCAUGUGCAGUCACGCGCAGUGAAACCGACAAGUGGCCCGUAGUUUUGAUUGGCCUCAGCAACCGGUUUUUUCCGGCGGUAAUAUGAGCCGUAAGAUGAGACGGAGUCAAAUAAUCACAUUGGCAAUUAAUCAUGUAAAUGGUGCUUUUGAUGCACAGAUGGAACGUACCCAGUUUUAAUUAGGUCACGUGAUGAUAAAUUCUGU